AAUCUGUUCUUCUGCUGUACAAACUUCAAUUAAACAUCUCAAUUUAAAGUAUAAAAAGACGCUGGAAAACAAAACGUCUAAGUAGUAAGACGUUAAAAGCUAAAAUAUGAAGUUUGUACUAUUAUUUGCUAUUAUUGUUGCUUGUAUUGGCGGUCAGGUUUGGGCAUGUAGCGAUGAUGCUUGCCUUACGCAUGCGGCUGUAGAAAAAUGCAAAGAUGAACAAAAUAUAUCUGAAGAGCAGCUGGGCCAACUUAAAGAUGGUGCGUUUGAUGAUGGGCAGGCAGAUGAGAAUGUUAUGUGCUUUGUCAAGUGUGUGUUGGAUGAGUUUGAUGCACUGGAUGGUGAUGUAUUGAAGCCCGAUGUUUUCAAUGAUUAUUUCGAACCACUUUUGGGUUCGGAAAAGACUGAGCAAUUGUAUGAUGAAUGCAAAGAUGAAGCUGGCGAUGGGGAGUGCGAGAUACCAUUCAAGAUUGUUACGUGCUUGAGAAAGCGUGAUGAUAUUUUUAAAUUUUAAAAUUAUUAUUGAAUGAUAUGAAAAGUGUUAAAUUGUUAUCCUAUUAAUUUAAUCUACUAUACCAAUAACUACAUAUCUACAGUUAAUAAAUUUAUUUUUGUUUGAGCAAAAAAAAA